AACAAUAAAACAACAAAUUAUUUCGUUUAAAAUAAUAAAUGUAACUCUAUUUAAAAAAAAUAUUAAACCAAAAGAGUAAUUUAAUUAAAAAUGAAAAUAAAAAAUAUUAAAUAAAAGUCGAAAACCAGGUGACAGCUUGUAAAAAUUCUUCUCCUUAUCGCACACACCACUGUGAACGUGGGCGGAGUAACGGAGGUGAUGCUUGUAAACACGUUAAACACAUGACUUCACAGGAAGAUGCAAAUAAUGCAAGCAGCAAAAGUUCCGCGUGAAAAAAUUUGCUUGUUUAUGACUGGCGACCCAAUCAGGAACUAACUGGGCAUUGAAAAUUAACGCAACCUUUUUGGGUGGAGCCAUGGAGAAACAUUCCAGAACCAGAAGCUUAAGGAGUCGAGAGAUGCAGCCGCAAAGAGUCGGAGAAGCGAAACCUGCCAUUCAAAAGCCGCUGUGCAGAGUGUGCGAGUGUCCGACGUCGGACGGCCACGUCCUCGCGUCGCACGUGGACAGGUUCAAGCUGAGGAAAUGGGCCAUGAGGAUCAUGAACCUGACGGAAGAAGACGAAAACCUGCCGGAGGUUGUCGAAAAAGACGCUUUGAUCUGCUACUUUUGCAUCUGGCAAGCAGAGUUUGGGGACGAGUCUGGAGACGAGGCUGUGGCUUGGUGGCCGAAAAACCUUGAUUUGGAAGAAAACGCUAAGGUUCUUCGGGAGAAUUAUUCAGUUGGAGAAGUUGAACAGUGUUGGGUGCAGUUGGAGGAGAUUGAUCUGGCCGAAUACGAAAAGAAAAUCCCUAAAAAGAGGAAAUGCGGCAGUGAGGUGUGUCUUUACUGCGGCAACAGAUACAACCAUCUGAUGAAGCACGUCAAAUACAUGCACAAAGAAGCCAUCAAAUGCGGAAUUUGGGGCUGCACGACUUACUUUCACACCGUGGAGGAAAAAGAGCAUCACAUGCAGCAUGAUUUUCACGAGAAAGGUGGCAAACCAGGGGAAAGCAGCAAAAUUCGUUGCAAAUUUUGUAAAGACAGCAAAUUGUAUUCCUCAAGAACAUUGUGGAAGCGGCACAUUAGACGCAUGCAUCCAGAACUGGUGGCGUGCUCUCGUUUAGGCUGCAAAGAGUUUUUCAAAUCCAAGUCUGAAAUGAUUCUCCAUGUCAACUCGUUUCACAAAAAAGGCAUAAAUCAAUAUCUUUUUGAGUGCGAGCAUUGCGAUUAUUUCACAACCAGGAUGAACGUGAUGGUGCUACAUCAACAGGCAAAGCACUUCCCAAAGAUGUUCAAAUGCGACAGUUGCGACGCCAGUUUCGGCUCAAAAUUCCUUGUUAAUUUUCACUACAAAAAAUUUCAUACAUUUGACGUGUGCAAAUCUUGUGGCCAGGACGUUUCUCUCGGGUACAAGGCUGACCACAGAAGGCUAUCGUUUUGCACCAAAUGCAAACUCAAAUUCAAGUGCUCGGGUUUGUAUCAACUGCAUCGGAAGAGCUGUAAACAAGCCCCCUAUAGUUGCAAGGAGUGUGGAGAAUCGUUCAACGUGUGUUGGAAGUUAAAUCACCACGUGAGAAAAUUUCACAGCAAAAUCCCUAAUUUCCGCUGCGACCAUUGCGACUAUUCUUCAUUUAACAAGACAUACAUGGGGGGGCACAUGCAAUACAGGCAUUUUCCAAAGACGAUUAAGUGUGGAGAGUGCAACCAUUUGUUUGCCUCUGAAUCAUUUCUCAAGGAUCACAAAUACGUCCGUUGCGUAGAAUGUGCGCAGAAGAUGAGCCGUCAACACAUGUUUAAACUACGGACAGUAAAGACUUGCCGCCAGUGCAAGUGCACGUUAAAUUGCUCAGGACUUGUUGCAAAGCAUGACUGUCCGCAGGGUAAUAAUUAAUAUUGUGACAAGUAGUCAAAAAUUUACAGGAACAGGACCAGUUUGCAUUCUCAUAUUGUCAGGAAGCACUUUGACGUGUAAUUAAAAUAAAAAGCUUUAUUCUAAAAAAAUGUCGAGUGUCAAAUUAAAAAAAAAAUCACCACGUUAAUUUUGCUGUAGUUUCAAUUUAGAGUAAAAACAAUAUUAUGUGAAAUUAAUUUGAAUCUAAAAAUAUAUUCAUCAUUCAAAUUGUAUUAAAUUUUUUUGAUUUAAUAUUUUUAAACGGCUCAUUAUGUUCUCUCUGAUAUUUUCACAGUAAUAAACAGGUCUUUUAAAAAAAGAGUCUCCUCAGUCAGCUCCGGGGGCGACAAACGUGACGGAGGCUGCAGCGGUGGCAGCAUGCUCGUGGAAGAAGCCGUAGCUUAACCUCCUCAGUUCGGCGGCCAGCUACGAGCAGAGCGUCCAUCAGGACCGGGAAAUUUUUCAUUUCCCGGGAAAUUCUGAUCCCGAGCAGAAGUAAAAGCGGUUAUAUGAGAAUCGGGGCGGGGUCGGAUAUUUUUUUCGGGACAGGAACUUCGAUGAGCAGUUCCUGCCGAAUUUGACUUUUAAAUUUGGAACGUAUAGGUUGAACGGGACUUUUGGCGUUGAAGUUUAUGUCCGCUUAAAUGUACUCAUUAAUAGAUGGAGAAAUUCCAAGUUUGAAGCUCAGGAAUGGGGGACACAGUCAAGAGUCCACUUUUCAUACGCAGAACUCGAUUUCCACUGCUCAUCAUUUGCUCAACUUCAAAGAGAAUUUUUCAUCUCCAUUAAAAAAGCAUUAUAUGUGUUCCGGAAAAAAUCGGAAAGUCGACAAACGAAAUUUUCCCAAACAGCUGCCGAUGUCUCUUGGCUUGGGGAGCUCGAAAACUAACAACCGCCGAUUAAAAUUUGGGUGCCUCAGAUCUCUGAUGGAUUGUCUAACUUUGACAGAAGAUAAAAAUGUGAAUGUACCAUUCUCCCGUGGUUUCAUUAUGUCCCGAAUCUCAAAGCGUAAAAAGAACUACAAAUAAUGAGAUAAUUCUAAAUAGUUAAAAUUGACGAUAUCUGGAGUUAAAGCCAAUCAAAGCAAACUGAACGCUGAUUGGUUGCCUCCUAAAACUAGACAGAGUUCAGAUAAGGAGUUCAAAACUUUACUCAAA